AUGGCAGGGCUCUCAGAGCAGAGCAUUGAUCCGAAGCGAACGGUUGUGGUUUUAAAUUUCCCUUCAAAUGUCGGAGAAGACGAACUGACGAUUCAUUUUCAGAAGGGAAAAAAUGGCGGUGGAGAUGUCGGCGAUGUUCUGCUGGACGGAAGUGUUGCGUUUGUUACUUUUGAUAUGCAUGAAGGUUUGGAGUAUUUUAUUUAUAUCGCUUUUCCGUUUGUAUCGUGUACGCUGAUAUUAAGGCUAAUAAGUCAUUGCCAUAGUCAUUGCACUGAAUACUCAUCGUUCGGGUUUCACUAAACGCUCUCGCACAACAGAUGGUGGUCAACGAGCGCUAUUACCAGUGGUCAGCAAGGUAUUUUGUAAAAUGUCUGUCACAAAUCCAGGCAAAUGUUAGUAAUUACUUAUCAGAUUCUCUUAUUCUGUGUUUUUAGUUGCAACAAGCGUCUUGAAUCACCCUGAGCAAGUCAUCAAUGGCAGCAGGAUUGAAGUUCACAGCUAUGAAUUAUGGUCAAGAAACAAAAAGGUCAAUGAGAUCAAUAUAAACUUUGUACUAUAAUAAACGUUAGUUUGUGACUAAAGAUUAUCUGAAAAAGAUUAUGAAAAUUUCGACCGUUUGAGCAAAAGUCACACACCAUACUGGGACUUGACUGUUUGGCAUACUAUUGAGAAACCUUACGAUUGAAGUGCCUUCGCUAAAAAUGUUCAAAUGUUGCUAAUAAUGUUCAUGUAUACUUCAGACACAAACCACGAAAGCUUAUUUACUUGAUUUAUCUUAAACAGAAACAGGGCAGCCCUGCAGUGGACAAGCAAGAAGUCAGUCAACCAGAAGAUGCAGCAAAUAAAGUUACAACAACAUUUGUCAAUAGUAUAAACAUUUCAACACCUAAAACCCCACUACCUUGUCUUUUGAAAGCAAAAGAAGAUCUGGUGGUUGUGAUCUUCGCAAAGGCAAAGAAGGAUUCAAGAGACUUUCUCCCACUUUUUCUCGUUUGGCAUUUGUUUCCUCAAAAGGUAUCGUCUUCAUCUAACUUCAUCCCUUAAAUCAUCAAUCCGUGAUCCUUAUAUCAUCCAUUUAUCAGCAUAAAUCCAAUCUCUUUCAUGAUCUUUUUAAUUCGAUCAUUCUUUUCUCUGAAUUUUUUAUCAUCUGUUCUAACAAAAUGUUUAAUAAACUUACGGCAUUCUAUUCUUGCCUCUUCUACUUCUUUGACUAUGAUUUCUACUCCAGCAUUUCUUCUACCUCGUACUUUGUACAAUGGUCGUGCAAGUAUUACUCUGUAUAUUUAGAUGCACUGGGCGUCCACCAGAAAGCAAAUGAAAAAGCGCUUCAACUGGAUUGUAAUUUGAACGUUAGUUCAGUAUUUGAGCCAACACAUGACAGAAGCAUUCUACUGGCAAAAAAUCUGAACCCUCAAACUAAGAAAGAGACGUUUGUAAGUUUCGUGGAAUUUGUGAAGAAUGCUGAUGUCCUGAAUGUUGUUUUCGGGAAAGGUGGUAAAGCUAUCGUGAUACUAAACAGCGAAAUAGGUAUGUAUAUUGUAAUUUAUUGAAAAAAACGCAAAGGAGAAUGCACAGCCCAUAUUUCAGACUGGCAAAAAAUAAAUUGAUCCACAUUUUUAUGUUUAUUCGAACAUAAUUUUCUAAGGAAUCAAAAUUAAAUGAUUUUCCGUUUUAUAGUUUUUGUAAAUAAUGAAAAUCUGGCUUACGGACUGAGCUUUGGCUUAAUAAAUAAGCGUUCUGUUUUUCGUAAGCCAAAAUAAACAUUCUUCAUUUAGAUGAAGAUUAUCCAAGUAAAGAAAGCUUAAAAAAAGACAUGAAGUUAGAUGGCUCCAUCAUUUCCCUGGAAUUUGCUCGAUUAACCAAAGGCAUAAGAAUCGGUAAUAUACCAGCAGGAACGAGUUCGGAUGAUGUAAAAUAUAAAUUUUCAAGUCGAAAAAUCUGUGGUGGUCAAGUUACUGAAGUGAAGCUGAAUAAAAAAAGCGGAGUCGCAAAUGUUUACUUUGAGAAAUGUUCAGGUAUGGGUCUACCGCAUUGUGUGUACUUUACUAUAGGUUUCUUCAAAGACCAUAUUACACGAGGUAUUAGGAGGUAAUCUUUUCUGCAACUUGCAAUGAAACCACAUAUGCAUGUGAUGCAACGUCUCGCACAAAGUCGUGUUAUGUAAAAUGCAUUCAAAACUAAAAUUUGGAAAUUCGCAUUUCACUUCCUCGAACUUUUUCUAGGAUAACUUGCCAUAAAAUAAGUGAAAGAGAACAUGAAUUCCUGGUUCCCUCCAACAGAAAAUGUUCAGAGUAUUAGUUUGGAUACAUGAAACUAAAUACUCGACGCAACAACACUUAACUACAGUCAAAUACAUAUUAUAAUUAAUUAGCAAGCUAUUUCCAUAUACACAUAUUUAAAUUAUUCUAAUAUUUUUACAGUGGUUUCCGAACUUGUGAAAAAGGAACAUAAAUUUGAAGGUGUUCCUGUAACCGUGAUUCCCUAUUAUGAUGACUUCGAAGAGCUGCAAGAAAUUACAACGAAAACAACUGAAUUCGCUGGUGGCUACAAUAUCGAACCCCUUGUCAUGGACUACCUACUCAACAAACAAAAGAUUGAAACCAAAUUUGACUUUAAAUCAAUGAAAUAUAAUGAAGAGAAAUCACGAUUUCAUUUUACAAAAGAUUUUGAGGAUCCCAAUCUCGCGCAGGAAUUUGAAAACAAGCUGAAAGAAUUUUUGCACUCGUUUGUCAAGGAAGAGGUCAAAAUCCCAAAAGCUGUUUUCGAGAAAGUCAAGGAAGCGCUCGAAGGCAAAAAAGCAGAAUUCAAAGCAAUUCAAGUUGAUUUUAGGUUUGAUGGUUAUCGAGUUACUCUCAUUGGGAAGAGAGAAGAUAUCGCUCUCAAAAAACAAUCAAUUGAAGCAAUGAUAGAUAGGAUUUCAGAAGAAGCCAAGUUUAAAUCAACAGAAUUAGUAAUACAUGACAAAAAUAAACUGAAAUUCUUAAGUUUUAUUGAUUAUUUCAAGAACAUUAUGUCAGAAUUUCGCGGAGUAGAAAUUCAUGGGAUGGAAAGUUCGUCUGGUAAAUUGUCGCUUGUAGGAACGGCGGAGAAAACAGAGGGCGUCAAAAUAAAAAUAUCCGAAGAUUUGAAGGAGAUCUCGGAGAUUGACGUGAAGAUGAGUGGUCGUCAGAUAGAUUUUCUGCAGCGUACUAAAUGCCAGAUUGUGAACGAUGAGUUGAAGAAUUAUUGCAUCAUGUUAAUGUUGAUUUCCGUAAAUGGUUUGCAGGCAAAGAUUUUCUCCUUGACGAAAUGUGGUUAUAAUGAGGUAAUUCUUGGGUGUCAAUCACCUGAUAUUUUAGCAUAAUUUGACUCGAGUGGGGAUCAAUCAUUGAACUGAUGUCAAAGUUCGCUGACUAUUAUUAAAAGUCAAUAACAAAACGCAAUACAAAAGCCUUGCUUUACUCUUAACCCCGACGUGACGUCAUAUGAAACGUGAGAAUACUAAAUAAUAUUUCGAUCAGACGCGUAAAAGUAAUUAAAAUGAAAUCUCUUCAUUCUGGCGUUGAACUAUCAGAUUAGACUAUCUCCAGAUACCCCAGAUUCCUCCUUCAGCGACACUGGUCCAACCGAGGAUGGCCCUUACUAAACCUUUAGGAAAGCAAAUUGAGAACUGCUAGAUCUGUCUUUUGGUAUAGUAGUCUUUGUUUUUUGGCUUCGUAAUGAAAAAACAAUGUAGGAACUAAAUUUAUUUACAUUUAUUUUACAGGUAGAACUACUUCUAAACAUCGUACAAACGAAAACCGCAGAGAAAUGCGUAAAAUUCGACAAAGAAACAGCAAGUUUACUGAAGAAAUCGGAAAAACUACAGGAAUUUAAGAAAAGGCAGUUUGAGAAGAACCAAGUCAUGAUCUACCCAGACCUUGCUGAACCUUGCAAUAUUUGGAUCGUCUGUGAAAAAUCUAAGAUGGACAAAGUCGAAGACGAACUGUCGGGUUUAGCUGACAAAAAGAAGAUCAUAAGCGGGAAAUUAAAAUUCGCGGAUCCGAUGAGACUUCGUUUCUUAAAGCAGCACUGUUGCGAUAAGAUUAAAGAGAAAGAACACCGUUGCAAAGCUGAAGGCGUUGUUGUCGUUGAUAGCGGUAGCGACUCGCUUGAGGUAAAGGGAACGAAGGCAGGCAGAGAAGAAAUGAUCAUUUUUCUUACAAAUCUGUGUAGAAAUGUUGUUUUUAAGGUAUGUAUGUCUUUGUAAAGCUAAGAAGAGGGCCUAGAGAUUAAAGGGUUCCUGGGCAUGUUCUCUCUUGUCGUUGAAUAAUUCCUGAAUGUUAGCUUAAAGGUGAUCUACAAUCCGAUCUGCGCAUGUGCACAAAUGAGCCCACUUUUUAUGAUGCAAACAGUUUAACUAUGUUUUGAGUUCUUGAAAAGCCUGAUUGUUGUUUCUUGAUCAUUUAUUAUACUCUAGAAGCUUGAAAAUAUAAAUAGUUGUCGAAUAAAGCUCAAUAUUUUGGACACAAAAAAUGUAAACAAAGGCUUUGUUUACAUACGGACUGUAGAUCACCUUUAACUGACAGUUGACAAACGAUGGACAUUAACAGUAUUUGGUUGAUAUUUUGUAUUUGAUCGUCCCGUAGCAGUGACGAAAAAUUAUCAAUACCGUGGUUUGUCAGGCUGAUAUUGGGCCUAUAAAUAAGUCGUAGGCCUAAUAGAACGUCAUACGACUAAAAUACAUCGAAACUGGGGUAAAGCGAAAGCUACGAUAAGAUUAGAUACUAAUAUUAGAUCUACUCCUCUUGAGUUAUUUUAGUUAUGUAAUAUUAACUCUUAAACUAUACUAACCAUAAUGAAUCUUUACUAAGUAACUGGUUAAGUUGUUUUCCUUUCUCUCUAUUCAUUUGUUCUUUUAAACUAUGUAACCGUUUUUGUAAUAUAAACCAUUAUUUUGUAAAUAUAUAUACCAUAUACCCUGUAAAUUAAUUUAAAUUGCUCUGAAGAUGUUGUAUUGUGAGCAACGAAACGUUAGCUAUUAAAUUUUUUACUUUUAUUAUGUUUGGUUUUAAAGUUAUUUGCUGAGCUCUACUCUUUAUCUUUUGAAAUUUGCUUACACGGUAAACAUAAAGGGUUCUUGGGCAUGUUCUGUCUUGUCGUUGAAUAAUUCCUGAAUGUUAGCUUAAACAUGCACCGUUGGACUUCGUUUACCGUUACCGGAUAUAGCGGUUGAUAGUUAACUUCAGAAAUUUUGGCACUCGUAUGGGAGCAAAGAAUUAAGCUCCAUUGAAAAUGACUAACAUCAUUUUCUUCCGGCUUUGAUAACUGCAAGUUGACCGCCAUCUACCGGACGAUAAUGUCCAGGGAGGGAGAUAUCGCUCCCUGGCGUCCCUUGAUAGUUUCAACCCAACUGUCAAGGGAGGGAAAUGUACAGUAAUAUUUUCUUAUAACAGCUGCAAAUUUUUAUCUUUAGGCGUAUCCUCUGACCGAACCUGGCAUGAAAAAACAGAUGAGUAUGGAGGCAACGAAUGCCAUCAUUUCUGAGAUUGAAAAGAAACACAAAUGUCUUAUAAAACCAGAAUUUCGACCCAGUGUGCAAGUUCACAGAGAGUCGAGAGAACUCGCUGCAGCAGUUCCAGACGAAUGGAUUGCCGUCAGAGAUAAAGAAGUUAAAAUGCCAUCUGGACAGAGAAUAACGAUAGUUGUUGGAGAUUUGGCACAACAAAAGGUAUAUUUAAGUUGUAAAGAGUCAAUUUUUUUCAAUAUUGCCUAUUUGCGAUGAGAUAUAGAAGUGUUCUGAAAAAACGAAAAUCUUUUUGGCGUUCCUCUCGUACCAUCUAAAUUCUUUUCAUUUUAACAUAAUUUUGCAGAUAAAGCACUAAACAUAAUUUUUUAGUUUGUUUGCCAGUGACAUAUAAAGAGCGCUUCCAUUUUGAUUUUUACUUUUUGAGGUGUUUAAUGAAUUAAAACCUCCCGGUUUAUUUUACAGAGAUUUUAUUUCUGCUUUCUAUUAGGUUGACGUCAUUGUAAACACAACCAAUGAAAGAGUGGAUUUUUCCAACCCUUGUGGAAAGGCUUUGCUUAGUGUGGCUGGUAAUGAAUUGUUGAAUGAAUGUAAGAGAAUCGGAAGUCUCCAAAAAGGAGAAAUGGCUUCGACUGGACCGGCAAAACUGAAUUGUAAACGUGUCUAUCAUGUUCGUUCAUCAUCGUGGAACAACGGAAAUGGAGCCCUGGUAAAGUUUGAUUGUGUCUUCUGUUGUACCAUGGAUUAUUCUAGAGAUAAACGUACUCACCUCUGAGUUUGCAUGGUUAUAUGUUAUAUACAGUGACCCAAUGUUGUACAAAACUUACACCUAAAUUAAGUAUAAGAGAAUCAGUUGUGCUACAUGUUCCUAAAUUUCGUUUAUAUUAAAAUGAUCUGAUGCAGGAUACCUUGAAGUGAUCUGAUGUUGUACAGAACUCACUGCUGAGUUAAGCAUGGUUAGAUUAUACAAAAGUAGUACAUAUUCUUGAAUGUGAGCUACCUUAAAUGAUAUGAUGUUAUACAGAACUUGCUGCUGAGUUAAGCAUGGUUAGAUCAUGCAGAGGUAGUACAUGUUCUUGAAUGUGGGCUAUCUUAAAGUGAUCUGAUGUUGUACAGAACUCACUGCUGAGUUAAGCAUGGUUAUACAUACAGAGUUAGUACAUGUUCUAUAAUGUAGGCUAACUCUAGAUCACGAAGGGUGAAAGUAUCGGAAAAUAUUCUAAUUUUUUCCUUUAGAUUCUCCGACAGCUCAUCAAAAAAUGUUUGGACCAAGUCGAAAACGAUAGACUAACCUCCAUCGCGAUUCCCGCAAUUGGCACAGGAACUUUAGGAUUUCCACGUCGAGAAGUUGCGAAAAUCUUUUUUGAAGAAGUUAGAGGUUACCUCACUGCGCAUCCUCAGUCGGCUGUAAACGAUAUUCGCUUUGUGGCGUAUAGUAGCGACCAAGCAACAGUGGGCGCGUUUCUAGGUUUGUUACAUUAGAAAUUUGCAUAACAUAACAUGUUGCUAUGGUUAGCUCGCCACUGAAACUAACCCUUCCAUCUUAACUGGAAGAUGUUUAGCUGACAUCUCGUUUACUUUUAUUAUUCUUAAUAGAUGCAGUUCAGAAAUUCAAAUCUGUGAUUUCAUCGCCUCCAAGCAGGAGCGUCUCAAGAUUAUUUGCCAGGAGUGAAGUUAUAACAAAUGCAGGAAAUCUAAACAACAUUACCCCUAUUGAAAAACUUGACGGAUCGCUAGAACUUUCUCUUGCGAGUAAAAACCUCACAGUUCAAAUAGUAUGCUCCGACAUCAGCAAAGAAAGGACCGAUCUAAUCAUGCACGUGGUCAAUGAAACUUUUUCCUUCGAUGGUGGGGUCGCAAAAGCUCUAAUAAGAGCGGGGGGUGACAGCAUCGUUCAAGAAUGCAAAGCACUCGGGCGGCCCGCUCUCUUUUCGACGCGGUACACAAAUGCUGGAAGAUUGAAUGUUCGUCAAAUCGCUCACGUCGUUGCACCGGGUUCGAUGAAAGUCGCCGACCUGAGAAUAUGUCUUGAAAAAUUUUUCGAUGAUGUUAUAAAGAAAAAUAUCUUCAGUAUUUCGUUUUCCGCCAUAGGGGCAGGCGCACUGGGUCGCUCCGAAAAUGAAUCGGCAAAUUUGAUCUUUGAUACUUUGUCCAGGAUUGCUGAGAGCAAAAAUCUCGCUUCUUUGAGUUUAGUUCGCAUUGUUAUUGUGGAUAAAGUGAAGUUUAUUAAUUUCAAAGAUGCCACCAAAACGUAUUUUGCCUCCAGAGAUGCCAGUAGUUUAAACACUCAGCAAGGUGAAGCUUAUUUUCACUCCAGCGGUGCAACUAGUUUGGCCCGUGUAGAAGAAUUUAAUCGUGGGCAUUUGGACGAAAUGGUCUUGGCAAGACCCACACAGACGACAGCAAGAUACGGGAGCACGUCAAUCAAGAUUUAUUCAGAUAACCGCAGUAAAAUUGAUAAGGUCUGGCAAGAGUUGAAACGAAAAAUAUCUGAAAAUAUUCUUGAGAAGAUUAUCAACGAUAACGUCAUCACUAAAUUCUCUUUUCUUGACCAUGAGAAACUGUGUAAACUGGAGGGUGAAUAUGACGUCAGGAUUGAAGUUGAUUCUAGCAGAGGGAUGAUAAGGAUAAAAGGACAUAGUGUUGACGUUGCCAAUGUUCAAGAGAAGAUAGGUGAAAUUCUGAAGGAUAUCAAAGAUAACGAACGUAAAUUUGAAGGUAAGAUUUUGGUGCACUAAGAUAUUAACUAACAUCAGAACUUAUACUAAGAUAAUUAAUAUCAGAACGUGCGGUUAGAGCUCAAAUAACUGUCUCUCUGUUGCUCGGAUGGUUAGAGCGCUGCAUUGGAAUCGCAGGACAGCAGAUUUGAUUCCACCCAGAGGGCCCAUUGUUGCAUUUGUCGUAGCUGUCCAUGGUUAGGUCUAGAUAAAUGUACAUGCGCCUGGUGCGAUAUGGCAUACGUUGUGCUAUUGAUGCGAUGUGAAAAGACAAAUAUGGCGUCGUCUUCCGCCGCAAGCAGAUUUCUUUCAAGAAUCUGUUUGUCUUAUCUACCGAUGGAUCAAGCUGAAUAAUCACUACUUUGUUUGAGCGAAAACGUCUACUACUGACAUUUGUAAUUUCAUGUAGCCGUAAAUAAGUUUGGUGCAUUGCACAUGUAUAUUCUCUAUAAUUGCGUCCAAAAAGUAUUGUCGCACAUGACAAAGUUUAAUGUUUUAAAGAAUGAGAGAGGUUAAAUUGGCAAUUAAUUCGUAUUUAAUGAAGUUAGAACAACCUAAUUGUUAUCCAUACUCUUAUAGGUCAUCGAACGACUACAAGUUACUGGGAUAGCUCACUGAUUGUAGGCAGAUUUAAUAAGUUCAAUCUGUCCGCCAGUAGUAAGGAAUACAAGGACGUUGAAGCUGCAUUCCACAGAACUGCUCCGAAUCAAAUUAUCCGCAUCGAAAGAAUUGAAAAUAGAGAAAUUUAUGAGCAUUAUAAUCUGAAACGCCAAGCAAUGGUUAACAAAUACGGCAGCAACCUUGCUGGCAAAGAAUUGAUGCUCUUUCAUGGCACCUCACGUGAAAAUAUUGAGAAAAUUAAUGCUGGUGGAUUCGACAGAAGCUUCGCAGGAAAAAAUGGUAAGGUUUAAAAUUGAGUAUUCUGACAUUCUUUAGACUACUACUGUACUCGCAUUCAUUUUAUAGUUCUGUGCUAUUGUUAAAUUUAACAUAAUGUUCCUCUAUAGUAUCAGAGGCUAGCAGGUAUAUCGGUGUUGUAUAAGAUCUUCUAUUGACACUUAAUUUUCUCUGAUUUUUUCAGGCAAGGCUUACGGCAGAGGUGUUUACUUCGCCCGAGACGCUAAUUAUUCCUGCAAUACGACCUUUUCGCCCCCAGACUCACAGGGUCUUCGCUACAUGUACUACGCCAAGGUCUUGGUCGGUGAAUAUACACAGGGGAACCCUAAUAUGCUAGUUGCUCCCAACAAGAGGAGCGCUGAUCCGAAUGAAACAUUUGACUCGGUGGUCGAUAACAUUGCAAACCCAAAAAUUUUUGUAAUCUUUAAAGACUACGUAUGUUACACUGAGUAUCUUAUUACUUUCAGAUAA